CAUAGUUGUUGCGCGGGGCUGGGCUUGUCGGAUGUUUUUCGUCGUGAGGAGUGCUAGUGUACGGGUGGGUGUGCACAGUUAGUCAUUGUGGUUGGUGUCAAGCGCUAACAAGCGCUUUCAAGUGGACAUGGAGCUGCACAUUCUGGACCACCGGCUGCGGGUCACCAGCAUCACCAAAAGCGGCCUGGCGCAUUUCACGCAUCCGCUGAUCAAGCUGAUAUUCCUCCGCCACCGGACACGAUGCAAGUUCUUCAGUAUGACCGAGACCCCCGAGAACUACACCGUCGUGUUGGAUGAGGAAGGCUUCAAAGAGCUGGAGGCCUCGUCGCAGCUGCAGGCGGAGGGCUCGGUGUGGCUGCCGCUCAACGUGCUCUCUGACGCCAACGCCUCGCUCGGCUCGCAGGCGGUGGGCGUCACCAAGAUCGCCGAGUCGGUCAUCGCGCCUCUGGCCCGCCAGCACGUCUCCGUCUUCAUGGUGUCCACCUAUCAGACCGACUUCAUCCUGGUGAGAGAGAAGGACCUGCCGGUGGUGGUGGGCACUCUGGAGGAGUUCAACAUCUUCCGUGAAGUCGGAGGAGAGUCGCUCCUAGUCCGUGGCCACGACAUCGCCAACGGCCUGCACAACAACGGCAAAGAAGCCGUGCCGGCCACCCUUCACCCAGUGCUCAUCCCUCAUAACCGCUUCUGCGUCAUGUCCCUGGACCCGGAUACUCUGCCGUCCAUUGCCACCACGCUCAUCGACGUGCUCUUCUACUCCGGAAGCCCCAAACAAGACGAGGCCACGUCUCCCAGCACAGACUUGGACCAGAUCAAGUUCUUCUCCUUCUCCCUCAUUGACGGUUACGUCUCGUUGGUCAUGGACACGGACGCUCAAAGACGCUUCCCCGCCGACCUCCUCUUCACCAGCUCGUCCGGGGAACUGUGGAGGAUGGUGCGCAUUGGCGGACAACCGCUCGGCUUCGAUGAGUGCGGCAUCGUGGCGCAGAUCUCACAGCCGCUGGCCGACUGCGACAUCUCCGCCUACUACAUCAGCACCUUCAGUUUCGACCACGCUCUGGUCCCCGAAGAGGACAUCGCUCGUGUGAGCGACAUGCUGCACAAGCAACGGACGGACCCGACCACCGGCUGAGCUCGGAGCCGCCCAAAGCCGCCUCGGACGCCGCAAGCACUUCUCGCUCCAGCCAUUGCCCACUGACGUUUUGUUUUGUCCGCUUUUUUUAGACGCGGUCCUCCCGAAAAAGCAGAUAACGUCCUCAACGCCCUGAGGCAAAGCGUCUUUUGAAUGGGUCAGCGUUUUGUAAGGAAGUAAAAAAAAAAAA